GAUUGGCGGCGGCUGUGCCCGUGCGAGCGCUCAUUAUCAUAGAGCUGCGGAAAGCCGCCUGCCCGGCUUCAGGGUGCUGUCGUCGCCUGUGCUCUCCGGCGAGUCCAGCGGCGUGUGUUGCCCAGCGCCGCCCACCGCGGGAUCGCGCCCAGGAGCCCUGACCGCAGCUUGAGCCAUGGGCUGCGCUAUGAGUGCCGAGGAGCGGGCGGCGCUCGCCCGCAGCAAGCAGAUUGAGAAAAACCUCAAGGAGGACGGCAUCCAGGCCGCCAAAGAUAUCAAGCUUCUGCUCCUCGGUGCGGGGGAGUCCGGCAAGAGCACCAUCGUCAAGCAAAUGAAAAUUAUUCAUGACAGUGGCUUCACGCAGGAAGACUUCAAGCAGUACAAACCAGUGGUGUACAGCAACACCAUACAGUCCAUGGUGGCCAUCCUCAGAGCCAUGCCAAACCUGGGCAUUAGCUUCGGAAACAACGAAAGAGAAGCGGACGCCAAGAUGGUAUUUGACGUCGUUGCGCGUAUGGAGGACACAGAGCCAUUUUCUGAGGAACUGCUCAGCGCCAUGAAGAGGCUAUGGACAGACUCCGGGGUACAAGAGUGCUUUGGGCGCUCCAACGAGUACCAGCUCAAUGAUUCCGCCAAGUACUUUUUGGAUGACUUAGACCGUCUCGGAAAGAAAGAAUAUAUGCCAACAGAACAGGACAUUCUACGGACAAGAGUCAAAACGACGGGCAUCGUAGAAGUUCACUUUUCCUUUAAGAACUUAAAUUUCAAAUUGUUCGACGUGGGAGGACAGCGGUCCGAACGGAAGAAGUGGAUCCACUGCUUUGAAGACGUCACUGCCAUAAUCUUUUGUGUAGCCAUGAGCGAAUACGACCAAGUUCUUCACGAAGAUGAAACCACCAAUCGCAUGCAAGAGUCUCUAAAGUUGUUCGAUUCCAUCUGCAACAAUAAAUGGUUCACCGACACAUCUAUAAUCCUUUUUCUCAACAAAAAAGACCUAUUCGAAGAGAAAAUCAAAAAGUCACCUCUCACCAUAUGUUUUCCAGAAUACACAGGUGCCCAGGAGUACGGGGAGGCGGCCGCCUACAUCCAGGCGCAGUUCGAAGCCAAGAACAAAUCUACCACCAAGGAGAUCUACUGCCACAUGACCUGUGCCACGGACACGACCAACAUCCAGUUUGUGUUCGACGCGGUCACGGAUGUCAUCAUUGCCAACAACCUUCGCGGCUGCGGACUCUACUGAGCGGCGGCGGCGGCUCAGCCGAGGCCGCUGGUGCCUCCCGCGUGGCCGACCCGAACUGGAGGCCUGCUCACUCGACAGCAGCCAAGUUGCAUGUUGAUUUCCCUUCCCUUGCAUUUCGUGAUACUCCUGCCGCCACUUUGGCCGCGGACUAAGGACUCGUGAAUGUGUUUCUCCCCCUUUUUGCGCUGGUCGGGAAGGUAUGCAACCUUUUUGCUUUCUCCGCAAGGGGCCUCCCCGCCUUCUUUUUCCACUGUUGCUGUUGGUGGUGACGUUGCCGAGGCGUCCGCUGUUCACUUCGCGGGCUACCCGCUGCCAGCGGCCAACACCACCCUCCUUACAUCCUGAGGAGGACGACACCAACACCCAAGAGAGGGAGCUGCAGCAGCGCACAUACACCGGGACGAGAGAGGGCUCCUUGGGACAUUUUGGUCCGCGUUAUAUGUACACAUAUAUAUCCGUAUAGUUGCGUAUAUUUAUAUAUAUGUACAUAUAUAAGCGUAUAUGUAUGUAUAUAUAAACACAUGUAUGUGUGGCAACGUCUCAGCACAGAGACGUCCAAAGGGCAGCGGCUUGCGGGCGGAUCGGGGCAGCAAAUUCUCCUUUCGUUUCUGCCAAGAUAGCCUAGUCGGGUAGACACACGAUAUCUUGCACCAGCGCUUCUCUGCCAACCUGGUUCAUGUUUGUCUGGGGUGGUGGAAGGGUGGCGAGGAGACCCCAAAGUGAUGUAACAUAUACUACAUAGGGACACGGGGAGGGUAAAUGUUUCGUUUUUUAAAAGCACGGUUCUUUCGCCCUCGUAGCGCGCCGAGACCGCUCGUCGAUGAGCGAUCCCGCCUCGGGAGAGGUACGAACAAACAACAAGAAAAAGGAACCAAAGGCAACAACACAAAAGGCAAAGUUUGGGCGCGCUCACGGGUCAGGAGCAGCGCGGGGGUGGAGUGUGAAGGGCUCGGCCCCCCGUGCGUGAGCGACGCGCGGAAGGGACCGCCCCUUUAGCUGUAGGCUACGUGGAGAAGGUGAGACUAUAAAUAUAUACAUAAUUCUAUACUAUAAUAAGUAUAUGUGUACCAUGUGAGAGUGCAGGAAGCAAGCCUGUUUCAGUCCUGUUUUGAGAGUGCUUACUCAAUAAAAAGUGACGCAUGUUCUUUGACGCCCUCCCCUCAUCCGACCCCCAUACCUGACGGCUAUGUGGAGAGGACCCCCAUCCAUAAGAGGUGACAACAUUCUGCUUUCGCUGCUCCCUUGGUACGCCUGCUGCUUAUCCGCCACGGGUGGCGGGCGCCCUCUUUUCCUUCGGUUCUCUUGGAAAGGACUCACCCUUUCAUCCGCGUAGUGAUUCAAAGUGGUUCAAGUUCAAAAACUAGCCCCACAAGCAAAUGAGAGCUGCCCGGCAGUCGGUGUCUGCUCCUGCUCCGUAGACGCACAUCCGACUUCGCUUUAUUUUCUCUCGUUGCAAGUCUGCCGGGUUCCUCGCUUAGCCAUUCUCACUUGCAUUCUUCUGUUGCGCUCUGGCACCCGGAGAAGUGACGAUUGCUCAGGUACUGUACUCAACAUUAGCUGCCAGUGAUGCGGCGGCGCCUGGACGUCAUCCAGAAGCUGCCGGGUCACCAACCCAAGAGCAGUAUUUCAGUGGCUGCAUUCGCGGCCCUGUGCUCGAGCUCCAUCUUCCUCCGUAGAGUCAGCUACUAGUUUCGAGCUGUGGUCAUGAGGGUACCCUCAUCGCUGCCUUGGUUCUCAUUUCUGUUCUCUUCCGAGCUUGGAAUGCCGAGCGCAAUUGUGACGUGGCCCCUACCGCGGCCUCUCGUAGCCCGGAAGCUGCCGAGGCAUGUGCUCCAGAGUAAUUAGUUUGUUUUCUUCUUUCCCUCCGAGCACUCGAGUUACAUGCGACAGCGUGGUGGCGUAGCUUGUGCUAACAGGCGUGCCGCCUUAGAAGUAGAGGGCGCUGUUACUCCUAAAUGUUCAUUCCUGUUUUCUUUCUCGCUAUGCAAAGGGUCUUCUGAGCGGUACCGGUGUCGCUCACUACCGUUUGCAAUUCGCUCUUCCAAACGUUCGCCGAAAACCCCGUGAGAAGAAUCGCCGUGGUAUCCCCGCCAAUCGACGGACUAGCGGUGGCCAAAAUCCUAUAGUGAACACAAGGCCAUCGUACGUGUUUCCUGGAAGCCCAAAAAAAUCACAACUGAUUUUGGCCUCUGUUGUCGCUGGAGGAGGCAAGAAGCAUUUUUGAACCGUGCACGUCUACGUUGUGUUUGUAGGGAGGUGCCACACAGCCGCCUGUCGGCAACAGAGGUUGAGCCGGCAAUGCGGUGAAGAAUUGAAACUGUGCCGCGACAACGCUCAGGUGCCAUGCUGCUAAACUCACUCGCCGCAUAUUUGCCGCGAAGGAGAGCGCACCACCGGUUAGGCGUGCCGUGCGAGACCACCCUGUGCGUCAUUUGUUUUGCUGUUUUGUUUUUGUUCUCUGGCAACUCUGGCACAACAGACACAUUCCUCGUCGCAUCUGGAUCAUGCCACGCCAUCUUGCAUACUCACGCUUCGUUCUCAAUGCGCCUCACACGUGGAUGUGGACGGCUUCAGCAGCAUUGCUUUCUUUUCUUUGGGAAUGUGAAAGUCACAGUCCCUAGAUCUCCUCUGGUCCGAGUGCGCUGCAUAUCUCGUUUCUGCCAGGCCACCUCUGCAUCGCGAGCGUUGUGGCUGAAGCAACCAAGUGCGUGGCCGUCCUCACGACCACAGCUUGCGUCUUUGAUUCUUUGUCUCAGGACAUUAAAAAACACACAAAGAAAACAUGCGGUGUUAAUGCUCUUUCCUCUAAGUAUAGGCUGAUGUUUAUUUUUUUUCUUCGUAGGUGCCGUACCAUUAAGCCAUCACUGGACUUGUUGAUAAUUUCAUUUAUUGAAUUUCUUGUUUUGAGGCUAUCGCAGUUAGCUCGGAACGCCAUUUUGGGACGCGAACACUGUGUCGCACAUUGUCUUCUUGUCAGCUUUGACGCCACUGGGAGGGAGUGCUAGGAAGUGCAAUUGCGUGGUCAAAUGCGGCAACGCAAGUGUAGAUGUAUUACGAGUGCUGACUUUUUGUGCAAGAAUAAUGCCUCAUCUUUCAGCCAGAUAACUUCAGAGUGUGUGACAGCUGUACGCGUUUGUAACCAGACGGAUGGCACUAGCUGCACGCCAAUAUUAAGACGUGCUUUCGUAGAGACCUAACUAAAAACAAACUAUCUGAAUGGCACGAGUACAAAAAUCUGAAACACAACAUGCUUAAUGCGUGGGUUAAAUUCACUAUGUAAUAGCAACUUGUUGUGUCCUGUUUGUGCUGCUGCGUAUUGCCCGGUUCUGUUAAUUAGUGAGCUCUGUGUAAAUUAAUGAUUGUGCGUUCUAUCUUUGGACACAAUUUAUUUUCCUGUAAACUGUGUGGCCAGUUGGCAAACGCGUCUGUUUAAGAGACUGAGUGUUACUGGUAUGAGGUAACAUUCCAGUAGGAUUGCCUGGCUGGUAAUCAACAUGAAGUUUUCUCAAGACACGGAGUGAGCAUCCAGCUGUUGCUCGGUGCCGGAGAGCUACAGCGAAUUGUGUUCCGGUGUGGUGCACGUUUUUCCGUCGGCUAGGACUAGUCAUUUUUUUUUCGCGCAUGUACAGCGGCACGCGGCGGUCAGCGCGUACUGCGCUGGAACAUCAAAUCAAAUUCGCCGUAAUCUUCCUGCAUACUUCAGCAACUGAAUGCGAGAAAAUUUAUUGGGUUGAGCACACGAGAAGGUAAUUUCCACGGCUCGAUAUCAAUUGGCCGUGCUCCUCUUGAGCGAGUCAUCUUUUGCUUUCGAGGCCGUAGCUUCUCAAAGUGCCUGUUCAGCGGAAUGUAUACAGUUUGUGACCAGAGACUAUCCAGGGCUUGUGACUACACCCUUGGCAAUGCACUUGGUUGCUUGAGUUGUUAUUUUUGUUAUUGUUGUUGUUGUUAAUUUUGCGGCUGGAUGAACGGAUAACACGGUUCCGCUGGCAACCUUCCAUUUGGGCUCUUUGAGGCUCUUGGGACCAGGGGCCUGAUUGCGGCGUGGUAAGACUGCGUUGAUUGUUGCGUUUCAGCGAUCAUUUGUUUUCGUUAUUCUGUGUUACGUUUCUGGGUGCGUGCAUCCUAUCACGUGCUCGUCACAUUUGCCCCGAUGCAAACCUCGCUUAUUUACACAUUUAUUUUUCAUCUAUGUGUUUUAUUCUUUUUUUUUUCUCGUCAGUCGAACUAUCGGGGGUAUGAACUUUAGACAGGUGGGUUGAGCCAGCAUGAUGUGUCGUUCUUAAUCUGUCAUUUUUAUCCAAGUCAGCAAGCAUUUGGAGUAAGCAGUUGAAAUAAAGUGCAUUCAAAUCAUUUGUUUUGCGGUGACUGCAAACCACACACAAGAAAGUUAUCAGUUUCUAUUCUUUUUGUUGUGUAUGCAGUAUCUGCAAUUUUAUGCCCAAUGAAUAAAAUUCCUUCGUCGUGUGUUC